GAGAGAGAGAGAGAGAGAGAGAGAGAGAAGGGGGGGAAAGAUCCGGGGGGACAGUACGGGAGAGAAGUCCCGCUAUUCCCGAACAGGGUCCCGGCCCCCCUCCCCCGGCCCUCACCUUGCCCCUGGCAGGAGCCUAACAUGAAAAGCCUCCCGACCCUCGAGGGGGGCCCGUGGCCGACUCUCUGCAUCAAGGAGGUGAGCUGCCCCAAAAAGCUCAAGAGGAAGCCCCAGGAGGGGCCGAAGCGCGUGAACGGCUACAAAAGUUUCCGAGCGGACUUGAAAGUGCCGGAGCCCCGGCCAAGGACGGGGGCGCACGACGGCUGAUCCGGCCAAGGGCGCCGGGGGGCCGCGCCGCCCGAGGAGAGCCAGCUGCUGCUCCCGGCGGAGCGCGGUGGCCGAGGCUGCGGCGGGGGUCCCGGGGGCGGCGAGAUCUUGGACAUGCGGAAACGCUGCUUCCCCCCGGGGCCCGGCCGAGGUCCGGCCCCGUCGCCCCCGCCGCUGCCCGCGGGCCUGGCGGCUCCCCCCGGGAGCCGGGAACGGCGGGAGGCUCCGCAGACUUUCGGGGAGCAGAGCGCGCGUUCCCGGAUCGUGCUGUGCCCGCCGCCCCCUCGCCAGAGCGCUCCGCAGCCCCCGCCGCCCCCCGUGCCCCCGCCGCCGCCGCCGCCGCGUCCCGCGGGAAGUUCCUUCUCGUCCAUUUCCCACGUAAUUUACAACAACAGCCCCGAUUCUGCGGCGGCUUCGCCUCGGAAGCGCCCGGGCGAAAGUGCAGGCGCCUCCUCGGAGAUCAAAGCCAUCCAGCAGACCCGGAGGCUGCUGGCGAACGCCCGGGAGAGGACCCGGGUGCACACCAUCAGUGCCGCCUUCGAGGCGCUGAGGAAGGGAGUUCCCUGCUAUUCUUAUGGCCAAAAGUUGUCCAAACUGGCCAUCCUGAGGAUAGCCUGUAACUAUAUCCUUUCCCUGGCCAGGCUGGCUGACCUGGACUACAGUGCUGACCACAGUAACAUGAGCUUCUCUGAAUGUGUGGAACAGUGUACCCGGACCCUGCAGGCGGAAGGCAGGUCCAAGAAGAGGAAGGUGUGUAUAAAGGCCCGCUUAUUAGUGCUCCCGGGCCCGGCGGCUUUCCGUUGCUCGCUGGGCUCACACUCCCUGGGCUCGGGGACAGUUGGAAGGGAUGGAGUCCAGUCUGGAGGGGCGCCAUUGGGGAGGACAGAGUGUGGAGAGAGCCUGAUUGAUUUUUAGAUUUUAAAAAAGAACAACACGGCAGCAGAAAGUAAUUAUAUCCGUCACCCUAAAUAAACCCAGAGCAUAAAGCUGUUACAGUGCGGAACGGGUGGGGAGCGGCAGGGAGGGGACUGGAGGGGAGAAUGAUAUAGAGACCUUGUCAGCUCAUCAGAAAGCCGGAGACCGAAUUCUCAUUAAGAGCCCCCCCCCCUUACCCACCAGUCCCGUGGGCAGCCUGGCUUAGCCCAUUGCAUCACACCACGGUGGAAUCUUUCUUGAGACUUCCCUAGUGGAAGAGCCCUCGGGGCUUGCGGGUUGGUGUGGGGAAGUGGGGUGCUUUCGUUAGGUGAAGCUUUUGGGGGGUGUCUGCCGCCUGAGGCCAAAGGGAUUGAAGGACUAGAGCAGAGAGUAAUUGAGUAACUGGCCCAACCUCAGGCCCUUCCCCCCCUUUUCACCCGGACCCCACACUCCCUAUCUGUCUAGGGUGCAGUAACACGGGGCCAUGGUGUCCUUUCCCCACCUUAUUUAACAUCUGACAUGGACAGAAACUCCUUCCUGGAGCUGGGGUUUCUUGUGUGGUGUCUGACAGAAGGAUCUCAGGCCCCCUGAGGCUGGGGGUGUGAGGGGGAGGGAGGGAGGAAAGGAUGUUUUCAUGUGUCAGAUAGUGACAGGGGACCCUGAAAGUCCCUCGGAGUUUGUCUGUUUUCCUCUUUCAAUUCUCCCUCUUUCCUACCUUUUCUCUGACCCACCCACCCCCCUCCCAGCACAGCCACUCCACUCCAGCAGUGGAAAAAGUCGAUCAUAAAGCUUGCCGGUGGGUGGUCAGCUUUUUACGGCCCAAAGCAUGGGAUUUGGAGGACCUCUUUGCAUUUCAUCUGUACUUUGCUCAGCCUCCAACACUUCAUUUUUCCUUCUUUCCUCUCCUCUGUUUUGCUUUUGGGUUCCAGUUGGAAAGAGCAGCAGCCCGAGAAAGGCUAAAUAUUUAUAAUUAUCCGAAUAUCGGGGGCAUCCAUCUCAUCCGUCCAAAGUGUCUGAGCUCCCCUAAAGGAUCUGGACAAGUGUCCGUUAGACAA